AUGUCUUCCCCAAAGUCAAUUCUCAUAGUUGGCGGCUCUCGUGGCAUCGGGCUGGGCAUUUUAUCUGUUUUCCCAGAAGCAACUAUCUUUGCCACCGCGAGAUUUCCAAGCAAGGCAAAUGAGCCGCAAGACGUUAUUAACGCAAGCAGUGGUCGCGUUCAAGUUGUUUCGGCUGAUGCCAAUGACUCAAACUCACUUCAUUUAGCUGCGGAAGAGAUUGGUCGAUUAGCCGACUCUUUGGAUAUUGUGAUAUAUAACACCGGCAUCUUGAAUGGUUUUGGAAACCUCUUGGAAGUGGGUGUCCAGCCAUUGAUCGAAAACAUCACGACAAAUGUCUACGGAGCAUACUAUACUGCAACUGCGUUUCUGCCUCUCUUGUUAAAGUCCAAGUACGAAAAGAAGACUCUAGUUCUGCUUUCUUCUUCUUUUGCAUCCAUGCAAUUGAGCGACAAAAUCUCAGCGGUUCACGAAUCACUGUUCGGGAAUGGAUAUGAUGCGACAGCGAUGUAUAAUAUCUCGAAGACGGCUCUUAAUCGUCUAGGAAAAGAACUCGAUAUUGUGCUAAGCCGACAGGGUCUACCGGUUGUCCUUAUUCACCCAGGAUUGGUGAAGACAGAUAUGAAUCCAUGGGGAGAUAUUGACAUCUCUGAGAGUGCCUCAGGCGUUGUCAAGGUUAUACAGUCAUUCAAGGCAGGAAAGAAGAAUUUCUAUGACUGGAGUGGUAAUGAGCUGCCGUGGUAG